AUGGCAGAAGGCAACACCUUCAAUGCGCCGUUCCCAGCUCCGCCGCCCUCCUACAAACACUUCACCAAACAGAACCUCUCACGGUUGAGACGAACUCGAAAAGAGGCCGGCAUCCCUCCCCCGGCUGAUGGACAGCCACCUGAGAAAGAUGUCGACAUCCUGACAUUGCCGGCCGAGCUCCGCUACCUGGUCCCACCUGAACCACCCAGCGACAGCAAAUUGACCGUCUUCGGCGAUACGGUCAACCUCGACGCGCCCCGCGUGACCCUCGCCGACAAUAGCAUCGAGCAGAUCUACCCCGACGACCCCUCCGUCCUCUCGAAUCCACAACCACAUCUCAUCGCCCUCGCCCGCUCCAUGCUCACCACAUUCCUCUCCUUGACGGGCAUUCUAGCGCAGAAUCCAGAUCUGCAGCAAGAUAAGAUGGGAGACCUGCAGACCAUUGUGUACAAUCUGCAUGAUAUCAUCAAUCAGUACCGUCCACAUCAAGCGCGAGAGUCGUUGAUUCUGAUGAUGGAGGAGCGCUUGGAGAAGAUGAAGGGCGAGAUUCAGAGGAUUGAUCAGUCGAAGGAGAGUGUGGCCAAGCUGUUGCAGGAGCUGCAGAGCAAUGGCAUUGUUCAGGCGAUGCAAGAGGAGAAGGAUGGGAAGGGAGACGCGGUUGUUGAGGAUGCUGCUGUCACGAAGCGAAAGGCGAGGCAGCGUGCUGGCUGGGCUGCGUUGGAGAAUGAGAUGGGUUGA